CCAUUCAGUCUCUUAUACACAUCAAACUGUCAAGUAACCAAGAAGGAAAAGAGGGAAUAUGAAUUCAUUUUUGUCAUUCAGUGUAAUUUUAUCACUAGUUCUCCUUCCAGCGAUUUUGCUUUUUGGGGGAGUCGAAGCUCAAACAUGCGAACCUAGUGAAAAUCUGAUAGGUGUAGAAUCUCCACCAGGUGAAUGCAACACAGAUUUCGAUGCCGACUGUUGUAAACCAGGAGAACCUUACCAAACUUUUACGUGUUCACCCACAGAUCAACGAGCUGUCUUAACGAUAAAUAGUUUCGAGGAAGGCGGAGAUGGUGGCGGGGCAUCAGCAUGUGAUGAGCAAUUUCAUUCUAAUGAUACUCCAGUUGUAGCGUUAUCAACUGGGUGGUUUAACGACGGAGAACGAUGUCAACGUUCAAUAACCAUAGAAGGCAACGGACGGAGUGUGGUAGCUUUGGUGGUUGACGAAUGUGACUCGACCAUGGGUUGUGACGAGGAGCAUGCUUAUCAACCACCGUGCCGUAAUAAUAUUGUCGAUGCGUCCGCUGCAGUUUGGGAAGCGUUGGGUGUUCCUCGUGAAGACUGGGGCGAGCUCGAUAUUACUUGGUAUGAUGCUUAGUCAUAUGAGAUGCUUAUAUACAAAAAAAUCAGUACUAAGGAAACCUCACAAAAUUAUUGUUGAAUUAAAUAUGUCUUAAGUUUUCGAAUUCAGAAGUAACCUCAUAUCUACCUAGUUAUGUAAAAAUAAAAAAUAAAAACUCUAUCUAGUUACUGGUUGUGUAAAAACAAAACCGGAGAUCACUUGGUCGGAUGCUUAGCGGUUUAUGUUUAUGCCAAAUAAAACGGGAAAGUCUCUAGUACUCAUGUGGGGUAUAUAUGUUGAUGUUUUUUUCGCUUGUCUUCUCCAUCUUUGAUGGAUACUUGAAGUAAAUGAUAAUUUGCUCCUUGUUAUUUUGCCCCGUUAAA